GUGGCGGGGUGGGUGCGGAAGUAGUGAUGCGCGAGCGGGUGAGGCGGUCGCGGCCGGUGGGCUGGUUGCUGCUCGCCCUCCUAGGAGCGGCGCUGUUGGGGUCGCGGGCUUCGCGCCUGUACACCCCGGAUUGGGAGAGCCUGGACUCCCGGCCGCUACCAGCCUGGUUCGACGAGGCCAAAUUCGGCGUGUUCGUGCACUGGGGCGUGUACUCGGUGCCGGCCUGGGGCAGCGAGUGGUUUUGGUGGCACUGGCAGGGCGAGGGACGGCUCAGAUACCAGCUCUUCAUGCGCGACAACUAUCCGCCCGGCUUUACCUACGCUGACUUCGGGCCGAAAUUCACAGCGCACUUCUUCCACCCAGACGAGUGGGCCCAGCUCUUCCUGGCCGCGGGGGCCAAGUAUGUGGUCUUCACCGCAAAACAUCAUGAAGGCUUCACAAACUGGCCCAGUCCGGUGUCUUGGAACUGGAACUCAAAGGACAUGGGCCCGCAUCGAGACCUGGUGGGCGAGCUGGGAGAGGCUCUCCGGAAGAGGAACAUACGCUAUGGUCUCUACCACUCACUCUUAGAGUGGUUCCAUCCUCUGUACCUGUUAGAUAAGAAAAAUGGCUUCAGAACUCAGCAUUUUGUCAGUUCCAAAACAAUGCCAGAACUGCUUGAUCUUGUUAACAGCUACCAGCCUGACCUCAUCUGGUCUGAUGGCGAGUGGGAAUGUCCUGACACUUACUGGAAUUCUACCUAUUUUCUUUCUUGGCUAUACAAUGAUAGCCCCGUCAAGGAUGAAGUGGUCGUAAAUGACCGCUGGGGGAGGAACUGUUCCUGUCACCAUGGAGGGUACUACAACUGCCAAGAUAAGUUCGUGCCCGAGAGCUUGCCCGACCACAAGUGGGAGAUGUGCACCAGCCUGGACAAGUGGUCCUGGGGCUACCGGCGGGACCUGAAGGUGACUGACGUCUUGGGCGAGUCUGAAAUCAUUUCGGAACUGGUUCAGACUGUAAGUCUGGGAGGCAACUAUCUUCUCAACGUGGGUCCUACUAAAGAUGGACUGAUCGUGCCCAUCUUCCAAGAGAGGCUCCUUGCUGUUGGCAGGUGGCUGCAGGUCAGCGGGGAGGCUAUCUAUGCCAGCAAGCCCUGGAGGGUGCAAAUAGAAAAGAACGAGACCUCUGUGUGGUACACUUCGAAAGGCUCAGUUGUUUAUGCCAUUUUUCUGCAGUGGCCAGAAAAUGAUAGUUUAUAUCUUAAGUCCCCCAUAACUACCUCCACUACAAAGGUAACCAUGCUGGGAAUCAAGGGUUAUCUGAAGUGGUCCAGAGAUCUGGAAGAAGGCAUGUACAUCGCUCUGCCUCCGUUGCCUCUCUCUGAACUCCCAGUGGAGUUUGCAUGGACUGUAAAGCUAACAGGAGUGAAGUGACCCCCGCGGGAGCUCAGGAGGAGAGGGUGCUGCCACAGAAGCAGCACCACAAUAAAGCCUCUUCUGUUCCCCACCCA